UGCAACAACAAAGAUGGCAGCGUCCACCAUUCAUUUGACCCGUGUUUUAUGUUAAAACUAAACAAAAGUUUCUUAUGGGCUGAGUUCUUUUCUUUGAAAUUUUAAUAGAUUUUUAUUAGAUCUAGAUCUAGAUCUCUAUUUAGUUAUGGCUUUUGUAGUGAAAACAGCAAAGACUCUAAGAAAUCACUGGAAAAAAUCAACGUUUUUCUUUGUUGUUGGUGCUUACGGAAUAAAUUACGCAAAAAACCGGCAUAAUGAUAAUUUAUUGAGGCGAAAAUACUGUGAGGAAGCACAAUUAUAUGGAAAGGAGAAAAUUAUGCUUGGCCAUAGACCAAGAAGAGUUACUGUAUUUCUCAACCCUGCUGCCAAAGGAGGAAAAGCCAGAAAGUUUUUUGACAAAACAGCAGCACCAAUCCUAUACUUAGCGGGUAUUGAAGUGAAUGUAGUUUCUACUGAAUAUGAAGGUCAAGUGAAGAAUUUUAUGACUGUAUUAGACACUAAAGAUACAGAUGCAAUUGUGAUAGCUGGUGGAAAUGGAACUUUGCUAGAAGCUGUGACUGGGUUUUUAAGAAAAGAGGAUAGGAAUUUUGCUGAGAACAUCCCUCUAGGUGUUAUACCAUUGGGCAGCUCCAACAGCUUCUUCAAGAUUUUAUUUGGUCAUGAUUUGGAUGAGGUCAAAGCUGUAGCCGAGGCAGCCAUUGCUGUUGUUAGAGCCAUCACAAAGAAAGUGGAUGUCAUCAAGCUGCAGACAACAGAUGACAAAACAACAUUUGCUUUAACUGGACUUGAGGUGGGGGCAUACAGAGAUGCUGAAGAUCGCAAGACAAAAUACUGGUACUUUGGACCUUUGAAAUCAAGAUGGACAUAUGUACGUACAGCAAUGAAACAAUGGCCACCUGUAAUCAAUGUCAAAUUGUCUUACAUAGAGGCCACAGAGGCCAAUAUGGCCUUUGUUGAUGCAGACUUUGUCCAGACGCAAGCUCCCAGAAAAAGUUGGAAUUUUGUUGACUUCCUGUUUGGCAGGAGACACACUAAAGCCCUGGAUGUCAAAACAACAUCCAACAUCGAGGAAGAAAACUUAGAAGAGAUGAACAGGAUUCAUCAAGAUGUCUCGACUAUAGAAUUGACAGUCUCUGUUUCAACUUUGGUUGACAAAGAUAGUCCCUUCAAAGCUCUGAAACUAAGUCUUGGUCCUAGCCAGCCAAACAGGUUACAAGUCAUUAAUGAAGGUUGGCUGAGAAACAAGAGAAAAGACUUUAAACUGGGAUCAGAAGGUGACUCAACUGUCUUAGCCAAGAGAAUUCACAUUGAUGUCACUGAAGAGGGCAAGUGGUACAACAUAGAUGGUGAAGCUUAUGAGGCCAAACCUGUGGACAUUUCAUUAUUACGGAACAAGUUAAAUUUUUUCUGUCCUAUAUCAACUGCUACAUAAAUUUUUAUAAAACUAAAAUGGGUUGUUGAGUUUGUCUCUGUAUCAUUUAUAAUGUGUGCAAUCAUUGAUAAACCCAGCAGUGGCU